CGCCCAGCGACGCGUCGUGCGGAAGCCAUGAGAGAGGUCAUCUCCAUCCACGUCGGACAGGCGGGAACGCAGAUAGGCAACGGUGAGUACGCACAGCGCAGUGCGCUGUACUGUCUGGAGCACGGCAUUGAGCCGGACGGGCGGUUCUCGCCGGAUAGGCGACCGGGCGGUGAAGACGGAUUUAGCACGUUUUUCUCCGAGACAGGCAACGGCAAGCACGUGCCACGCAGCGUGUACGUGGACCUCGAGCCGAAUGUGAUUGACGAGGUGCGGACGGGUACGUACCGGCAGCUGUUCCAUCCGGAACAGCUCAUCACUGGCAAGGAGGACGCAGCCAACAACUAUGCACGGGGACACUAUACAGUGGGUAAAGAGCUCAUCGACCAUGUAAUGGACCGGAUCCGGCGGGUGGCAGACAACUGCACGGGGUUGCAGGGGUUCCUGGUGUUCCACUCGUUUGGCGGAGGAACAGGGUCGGGAUUUGGGGCGCUGCUGCUGGAGAGGCUGUCAGUAGACUAUGGCAAGAAGUCGAAGCUGGAGUUCUCGGUGUAUCCGGCGCCGCAGGUGUCGACGUCAGUGGUGGAGCCGUAUAACUCGAUUCUGACGACACAUACGACGUUGGAGCACUCGGACUGCUCAUUUAUGGUGGACAAUGAGGCGAUCUACGACAUCUGCCGGCGAAACUUGGGGAUUGAACGCCCGGGAUACACGAACUUGAACCGGCUGAUUGCGCAGGUGGUGAGCAGCAUCACGGCGAGCCUGCGGUUUGACGGGAGCCUGAAUGUGGACCUGAACGAGUUCCAAACGAAUCUGGUGCCGUAUCCGCGGAUCCACUUUCCUCUGGUGACGUAUGCGCCGGUGAUCUCGGCGGCGAAGGCGGUGCAUGAGGCAAACUCGGUUUCGGAGAUCACGAAUGCGUGUUUCGAGCCAAACAACCAGAUGGUGAAAUGUGAUCCGCGAAACGGGAAGUACAUGGCGACGUGUCUGCUGUACAGGGGCGAUGUGGUGACAAAGGAUGUGAAUGCAGCGGUGGCGGCGGUCCGGACGAAACGGACGAUCCAGUUUGUGGACUGGUGUCCGACGGGGUUCAAGUUGGGCGUGUGCUACCAGCCGCCGCAGCACGUGCCCCACGGAGACCUUGCAAAGGUGGACAGGGCGGUCUGCAUGCUGAGCAACACAACGUCAAUCGCAGAAGCAUGGUCCCGACUUGACCAUAAGUUUGAUCUUAUGUACAGCAAGAGGGCCUUUGUCCAUUGGUACGUGGGGGAGGGCAUGGAGGAGGGGGAAUUUAGCGAGGCACGGGAAGAUCUUGCGGCGCUGGAGAAGGACUAUGAAGAGGUUGGCCAAGACUCGAUUGAGGGCGAGAUUAUGGAAGAAGAAUACUAG